AUGCUGGUGAAGCCAGGAGGAGCUGAAGGGAAAAAGUUUAACUUUAGUUGUUUCCUCUUUCUGCCUGUGAACGGCACAGAACCGCCUCCAGCUUCCUGCAGGAAACAGGAAGUUCCCUCUGCUCCCUCAGGCAAGCUGAUGCUCAGGAAACCAGAAACUGCAGCUUCUGCCGGCUUCCCUCCCAUCGUAUCACCUGUCGGCACAAAGCCCGCCCUCAGCAGGUGUAGCUCUGUCUCCUCCUCUCCUGCAGCAUUGGAGCUGCUGCGCAUCAUGAAGCGGAUCGCGCUGCUGCUGGUUCUGAUCUGGGCCGCUCCUGCCGCUCGCUGCCCCUCAGGCUUGGUGUCGGAGAGCUGCGCGGACAUGACCCCCAACCACCACGCCGCUCCCCAGACCGCCGCCGCGCCGUUCACCGUGGGAGCGGAGCGGAGCGGCCCCGUGCAUGGAGGACAGGUCAAAGUCUCUCUCCAGGGUCCGAGUUCCGGUCCAUUUAUCGGGUUCCUGCUGGAGGCCAGAGAGCCGGGAGGCCGGUCUGCUGUGGGCUCGUUUCUACUGGGUUCUGGUCCGGCCCGGCUCCUCGCUUGCUUCCAGAAACCCAACUCUGCCGUCUCCCACUCCUCUGGUUCUCCAAAGAGCAACAUCCAGGUGACCUGGCAGCCGGACCGAGACAGAACCGUUGGAGCGGUCCAGUUCCAAGCCUCCUUUGUUCAAAGCUACAGAACUUUCUGGGUCGGAGUGAAAAGUCCGGUUCUGAGUCUGAAUGGAAGCCGGGCCGCGGAUACCGGCACUCCCGGCACCCCGCCUCCCGGCACCCCGCCUCCCGGCACCCCGCCUCCCGGCACCCCGCCUCCCGGGUUUGCUUCCAUCUCUAAUGUCGGCUGCGGUUCCACCAAGCUGUGCUUCAGCCAGCCCCCAAAAUGUAAUCCGGCCAUCAGCUCCAAAUGCUUCUUCAUGUCAGCCAGGCUUCUGACUCCGCCCAAAUCCGGGGUCCGGUACGAGCUGUGCGGACCUGCUGAAGGAUACAUAGCUUUUGGGUGGUCAGAUGAUCGGAAGAUGGGUAACGAUGACAUCUACCUCUGUGCCCUGAGCAGCGCUGGAAUUGCUGAUGUGCAGCGGGCCUUCUCUGUUGGACGGAAAGCUCCGGUGAUUCAAUCUAAGGUACUUCAUCCCCACCAGAACGUCCUGGUUGAGGAGCGUCCAGAGGGACAUGUCUCAGAUAUACAGAUCUCCAACCAGAACAAGGUCCUGGCCUGCACAUUCACCUCCAAGAACGCCAUCUUCACUUCCAGGAGCUCCAACUUCAGCUCUGACAAAUUCUUCCACCUCCUGCUGGCCUAUGGACCCAGCACCAAUGGAGCAGAUGAUCAGAGCCCACGGUUGCCUGAUGCUGCUCGCCUGGAUGACCUUUGGUCCGCUGGGGAUGAUUGUGGCUCGGUACCAGAGAAGACCAAGCCAGGUCCAGAUGUUUGGCAAAGAUCUGUGGUUUGUGGUCCAUGUCUCCGUGAUGAGCUUCACCGUGGCAACCCCAUCAUCGCCUUCAUCCUCGCCUUCUCAUACCUUGGCGGCUGGGAAUACGGAGUUCAUUCAGUGCUGGGCUGCCUGGUUCUGACUCUGGUGCUGAUCCAGCCCAUCCUGGCCUUGACGCGCUGUGCGCCGCAGCAUCCAAGGCGGUUCCUGUUCAACUGGGCUCAUUUCGUCAUCGCCGUGCUUCUGAAGGUCUUAGCAGUGGCAGCCAUAUUUACAGGCAUGAUGAUGAUGGACAGCAGCAGCGAUGGCUGGAUGAUGAAGGUUUUGGGCGGCUUCACCGGCUGGGAGGUGAUGAUGCUCAUCCUGAUGGAGCUGCAAGCCAGAUGGCGGAGCGCCGCAGAUAGCAGCGAUCCUGUGGAGCCUGACACGGUGGGACGGGACGUCCUGCUGGUGGCGCUCUUCCUCACCGGGAACCUGUCCUUCCUCAUCGCCCUGCUGGCUGGAAUAGGACAGGCGGCGUCUCCCUAGGCUCUGCUCAGCUCUCACUCUGAGUUCGUUCUGUUCCUCACAUGUUCAGCCGUGAUGCAGAGAUGAGUCCGUUAUGAUGCAGCUGAGGAUGAGUUACAUGUUUGUUCUACAGUGGAGAAACUUCAGCGCAUUUGUAGCUGAUCCCCAGUACUUGAAUUAAA